GAACAUGCAAACUCCGCACAGAAAGGCCCUCGCCGGCCACGGGGCUCGAACCCGGACCUUCUUGCUGUGAGGCGACAGCGCUAACCACUACACCACCGUACCACCCAGAACUGAUUAUAUAUGGAUAAAAUAUCACUUUGCUCAGAGCGACUCUCCAUCCACAUCAAAAUAUUUAACAAAGGUUGGUGACUCGGAUAAACGCCAUGUUCAUGGCAUAUCUAUUUAAACCUGCCAUGUCUUUAAUUCCCUGCCAGCCCUAUCCCCAGUUCCAUUUCCAACUGACCACUUUCACAUUUUACAGGUUGAAAAACAGCCCACAAUUAUACCCAACAAUUUCAAUGCUUUUUUCCUUCCAAAUCCUCUCAUACAAGAUGGACACUUUGUGUAGAUGUAGCAAUAAUACUGCUGAACUAAUGAAUAAUGAGAGUCAAAAUGGUUUGAGGGUCCCCCCCGCCCAGAUCUGAGAGAGACUCUGAGGUUAGUACAGCAGCAUCCUGUUAGAUUUACAUCUAUGUGGAAAAUUAUUAGCUCUCUGGAUAUUUUCUUUCUAGGACCUCAAGCUGCUGACUGAAGUUUUCCAGCUCCCUAUUUAAUUUAAUAUCAUGUGGACCAUCUUUAAACUAAGGUUGUAUAGGAAACAUAAAUAUCAGGGUAAAACGUUUAUUAAAAGCUAGAUUUACUUAUAGAUGAUCUUUACAAAUGGGUCAAGGGAUGUAAUUCUUGUGUUCAUGGAUUAAGAACAGAUUAAUUAUUAAUUUAUUAAUUAAUGAUUCAGCUCUGUAGCAGAUGAUGAUGAUGAUGAUCUAUAGAUUUCCACAGAUGUCUUGUUUUUUGUGUCCUGUGUCCUUACUGAACUCCUCCCAGCGUGUGAGGUUUUUUCAGCUUUGGCACUGAUUGAGUCAUAGGUACGUGUUAAAAAGCCUUUCCAGCUACCUUGAUCGUCCAGUCCAGCUCUUCUCCAGCAGGCCGCUUAAACACACCUCUGUGAUUCCGAACUGGGCGAUGGGGCUUUUCUUUGGUUUAGUUUGUGUCUUUGCUCUUUUUACUCCUCCGUGUCUUGGUGCUCCUCUACCGCAGGUUGAGCGACGAGAUGGAACAUUACAUCAAGGUGAAAAAUCCCAAGAUGAUAUGAUACUGGCAGCUAAAUACAUCGAACGCUUCUACAGUUUUCAGACAGGUCCACCUGGUCAUAGGAAGAGAAGUCAACCUUAUUUUUCCUCUAAACUGACGGGCAUGCAGAGCUUUUUCGGACUUAAUCAGACAGGCAUCCUGGACACUGAGACGCUGGCUGUAAUGAAGACGCCCAGGUGUGGUGUUCCUGAUAUUCAGGAGUAUGUUUACAACCGAGGCAACAGAUGGAAGAAAAAUGUGAUCUCUUACAGAAUUGGGAAGUAUACCAAUGACCUGCCUAGGAGAACAGUAGACUCUUUGAUUGGAGCAGCUCUGGAUGUGUGGGCAAAGGCCAGCCCUUUAAGCUUCUUCAGGUCUUCCUCGCAGCAAGCUGACAUCAUGGUGGAGUUUGGCUCCAAAUACCAUGGAGACAACUACCCCUUUGAUGGACCUAAGGGCACACUGGCUCAUGCUUUUGACCCUGGAGAGGGUAUUGGAGGAGAUGUUCACUUUGAUGAUGAUGAAAAUUGGACAGCAGAUUCCAGAGGAUUCAACCUGUAUUUGGUUGCAGCACAUGAGUUUGGUCAUGCUUUGGGUUUGAAACAUUCUCAAAACCCACAGUCCCUCAUGUAUCCCACAUACAGAAACCGUCGAACACAAAACAUGCUUUCCAGUGAAGAUAUUAUGAACAUCAACGCACUCUAUGGAAGGAGUGUUCAAGUGCCUUAUUACCCGAGGCUGAAUUGGAACUAUCCCUUCAACUCUUGGUUCACUCGUUUUUACUAUCCAAGGGCAGUAAAGGACAAAUGUGAUCCUGACCUGUCUUUUGACUCUGUUACUAAUGUAGGGGCAGCCAUUUUGUUUUUUAAAGACCGGUAUUUACGGAUCAGGAAUAAUAAAAAUAACAUAAAGGAGGGUCCCAUCAACAGAUUAAUUUCAAAAAUCAAUUCAACCAUUGAUGCUGCCUACUGGCUUCCACAACGCUCCACUAUCUUCCUUUUCAAUGGAUCCAACUACUGGACUGUGAAGGGCUCUCGGAUGAAAGACUGGCGUAAAAAUAUCACCAGCUUUGGUUUCCCAGCCUCAGUGGACCACAUAGAUGCCGCAGUCCACAUUCCCAAAACUGGCCACACCUUAUUCUUUACUCAGGAUCAGUACUGGAGCUACGAUGAGAAUCAGAAAGCCUUGGAAGGAUCUAACCCACGCAUCAUCUCAGAUGAUUUCCCGGGCAUUAAGACGCCCAUCAGUGCAGCUGUUUAUAAGCAUGGUUUCCUUCAUUUAUUUGUUGGAGCUGAGGUAUACAAAUAUGAUGUAAUGCUGAGGAAGCUUAUUACAAUUGAAGGAGCAAAUUCUUGGCUUGGAUGUUAACAAAGAUUAAAAAUGAAUUCUAGGCUCACACAGUUUAGUUGUAUGAACAUAGGAUUGUAUUUUAUGCCUAUAAUUGUACAGAAUGCAGAAAAUCAGACUAUAAAAUUUUAAUAUACACUACCGUUCAAAAGUUUGGGGUCACCCAGACAAUUUUGUGUUUGCCAUGAAAAGUCACACUUUUAUUUACCGCCAUAAGUUGUAAAAUGAAUAGAAAAUAUAGUCAAGACAUUUUUCUGGCCAUUUUGAGCAUUUAAUCGACCCCACAAAUGUGAUGCUCCAGAAACUCAAUCUGCUCAAAGGAAGGUCAGUUUUAUAGCUUCUCUAAAGAGCUCAACUGUUUUCAGCUGUGCUAACAUGAUUGUACAAGGGUUUUCUAAUCAUCCAUUAGCCUUCUGAGGCAAUGAGCAAACACACUGUACCAUUAGAACACUGGAGUGAGAGUUGCUGGAAAUGGGCCUCUAUACACCUAUGGAGAUAUUGCACCAAAAACCAGACAUUUGCAGCUAGAAUAGUCAUUUACCACAUUAGCAAUGUAUAGAGUGGAUUUCUGAUUAGUUUAAAGUGAUCUUCAUUGAAAAGAACAGUGCUUUUCUUUCAAAAAUAAGGACAUUUCAAGGUGAGCCCAAACUUUUGAACGGUAGUGUAUUUGGCAAUAUCUACUGGUUUGAAAAUCAAUAUGUUAUUGUCCUUCUUCUUUAAUAAUAAUAAUAAAAAUUUAUUACUUAUACAGCGCCAUUUAGCAAUGGCAAAUCAAUAGCGCGUUACAAUUCGGUUACAAAGUCAAGAAAAAUAUUUACAUGUUCCAUUAAAAUAUAAAUAUAUAUAAAAGUAUCCAAAUACAUAAACAAUUACAAAAUAUACAUGCAACUCUGAUUCCAAAAAAGUUGGGACAAAGUACACAUUGUAAAUAAAAACGGAAUGCAAUGAUGUG